GCUGCAGCAGAGCAGCAGCAGCAGCACAGACCAGACACCGAGCUCAAGUUGGCAACUCCUGCACACCGACACGGAUGCCACGGAGGACUUUACUCAUGUUCCCACACCGACAUCUUUCCCAAAAUGCAUUUUUAAGCCUAAUUUCUCCCGUGUCGCCUUCGAGGACGCUCCGUUUUUUUUUAUAGCACGGUCAUUUAAAAAUCCAUACUCCGCGCGAGAAUGAACUUUAUUUAGGAAGCAUCCCUCCCUCUCCUGCGGGCGUCCUGAGGUCCAGCCCCAUCCUCGUCCACUGGGGGUCUUUUUGUUGCAACAGAGUUCAGUUCCACAACAGAUUACCAUUCAUCACACACUCCUUUGCUCAAGGACGGAGAGAGGAGGACAAUGGGGGCCGGUGGGUUCCCCCCCCAAGCCCUGCUGUGGCUCCACCUGUUGGGCUGGAUCUCUCUGGCGUCGCCCCUCAACCCGGACGACCCCAACGUGUGCAGCCACUGGGAGAGCUAUGCAGUGACGGUGCAGGAGUCCUACGCUCAUCCAUUUGACCAGGUCUACUACACCCGCUGCACCGACAUCCUCAACUGGUUCAAAUGCACCAGACACAGAAUCAGCUACAAGACGGCGUACAGAAGAGGCGUGAGGACGAUGUACAGGCGACGCUCUCAAUGCUGCCCCGGCUUCUAUGAAAGUGGAAACCUGUGUGUUCCGCUGUGUACUGAAGAGUGUGCGCACGGACGUUGUGUGUCUCCUGAUACCUGCCAGUGUGAGCCCGGCUGGGGGGGGCUGGACUGCUCCAGUGGCUGUGAGAGCGAUUUCUGGGGCCCCCACUGCAGUAACCGCUGUCAGUGCCAGAACGGGGCCAAAUGUAACCCCAUAACCGGGGCCUGCGUCUGCACCGACGGCUUCCAGGGCUGGCGCUGCGAGGAGCCCUGCGACCCCAAUUUCUACGGCAAGGACUGCCUGCAGGAGUGCCAGUGCCUCAACGGCGCCACCUGCCACCAUCAGACCGGCGAGUGCCUCUGUGCGCCCGGAUACACCGACGCCUUCUGCGAGGAGCCUUGUCCUCCAGGCAAACACGGCUCUCUGUGUGAACAGCGCUGUCCCUGUCAGAACGGAGGAACAUGCCAUCACGUCACCGGAGAGUGCUCCUGUCCCGCCGGCUGGGUGGGUCCGGUGUGCGCACAGCCGUGCUCCUUCGGAUCAUUCGGCAUUAAUUGCUCUCAGGAGUGCACGUGUCGUAACGGAGGCCUGUGUGACCACAUCAGCGGCCAGUGUCAGUGCACCGCCGGCUACAUCGGCCAGAGAUGCCAGGACGAAUGCCCGGUCGGCACCUACGGGCCGCAGUGCGCCCACAAGUGUGACUGUCAGAACGGAGCCAAGUGCUACCACAUCAACGGGGCCUGCCUGUGCAAUGAGGGCUUCAAGGGCCCCAGCUGCCAGGACCGCUUCUGUCCCGCCGGCAUGUACGGACUCAUCUGUGACCAAUACUGCCCCUGCAAAGCUGCAAACACACUCAGCUGCCACCCUCUGUCCGGGGAGUGCACCUGUGCAGCGGGAUGGGCCGGGCUGUACUGCAACGAGACCUGUCCGCCCGGUUACUACGGCGAGGGCUGCCGGGAGCUGUGCGCCUGUGCCAACGGAGCCGACUGCGACGGCACCACUGGAGCUUGUCUGUGUGCUCCGGGGUAUAUAGGGGACGACUGCUCCAUCAGCUGUCCUGCAGGCCUGUACGGGACCAACUGCACCUCGUCGUGCUCCUGCCACAACGAGAUCUCCUGCUCGUACACCGACGGCUCCUGCAUCUGCAAAGAAGGUUGGCAGGGGGUGGACUGCUCCAUCCCUUGCUCCAGUGGUGCUUGGGGACUGAGCUGCAAUCAGACGUGUCAGUGUGCCAACGAGGCCGCCUGCGACCCCGCCAACGGGACCUGCACCUGCUCUCCGGGCUGGAGGGACGAGCUCUGCGACGUACCGUGUCACGAGGGAUCGUACGGGCUGGACUGCAGAGAGAGAUGUGACUGUGUCAAUGCUGACGGAUGUGAUCCGGUGACCGGCUUCUGUCGCUGUGUGGCAGGUUGGACCGGUGUCCAUUGCGACAGUGUGUGUGAGGAGGGACGCUGGGGACCCAACUGCUCCUACAGCUGCACCUGUGAGAACGGAGGCUCCUGCUCUCCAGAGGACGGCACCUGCGUGUGCGCUCCCGGUUACCGUGGCACCAACUGCAGACGAACAUGUUCGCCUGGUUUCUACGGCCACCGCUGCAGCCAGUCGUGUCCCCAGUGUAUCUAUAGCGACGGCGCCUGUCACCACGUCAGCGGACAUUGUGAAUGUCUCUCUGGCUUCUUCGGCUCCCUCUGUAAUCAAGUAUGUCCCAGUGGACAGUAUGGUAAAGCCUGUGCUGAGGCGUGUUUGUGCACCAACAACGGCACCUGUAAUCCCAUCGACGGCUCCUGUCAGUGCUACCCCGGAUGGAUCGGCGCCGACUGCUCCAAACCGUGUCCUCAGGGCUCCUGGGGUCCAGACUGCAUCCACACAUGUAGUCACAACGGAGCCCAGUGCAGCGACGACGGAGAGUGUAGCUGCAGCCCUGGAUAGGGACUCUUCUGUACUUCGCGCUGUCCUACAGGUUUCUACGGCUCUCAGUGUGCUGAGGUGUGCCGCUGUCAGAACGGGGCGGACUGCGACCACGUCGGCGGCCAGUGCUCCUGCAGGACGGGCUUCAUAGGACAGAGCUGUGAGCUCAAGUGUCCUGCGGGGACGUUUGGCUACGGCUGCCAGCAGCUGUGUGAGUGUAUGAACAACGCCACCUGCGACUACGUGACGGGAACCUGCUACUGCAGCAUCGGCUUCAAAGGCAUCCGCUGUGACCAGGCGGCUCUGAUGAUGGAGGAACUGAACCCUUACACAAAGAUCAGCCCGGCCCUGGCGUCGGAGCGCCAGUCAGCCGGAGCCGUGCUGGGCAUCAUCUUCCUGCUGCUGCUCAUCAUGGCCAUGCUCGGCCUCGUGGUCUGGUUCCGCUAUCGGCAGAGGGAGAAAGGCCACCACGUGCCGAGCGUCACCUACACGCCCGCCCUCCACAUCAACUCCACCGACUACUCACUCUCAGGUAAGACAUCCGUAUCUCUGGGUCUUUUUCUUCCCUCCAGGUGCUUUUCUUUAUUCACAGCAACACAGACUGUACAACCUGUACUACAACUGGACGGGAUUAUUUACACAGGCCUUACAUAAAGAUGGACGACUCGUCUCCUCUUCCUCCCACUGUACAAAAGUGAAGCCAAAAUAUCAAGAAUACGGGCGCCGCUAUCUUGUAAUUUUGGAGCCACGUCCACUCGACCAAUCGUCACUUGCAGCUACCAAUCAUGAUGUUGAAGAUGCAUCAAAUAAUUAAUAAAAACCCAACUGAUCAGAAAAAUGAGUAC